CACCUGUGUUUCUCCGCGUUAAAGAUCGUUAUUAUAACCGUGCAGUGCCUCGCACUCUGUGUACAGCUGCUAACCGACGGACUGUACACGUACACUGAAGGUUGAGGGGAAACCGGAUGUUUACGCAAGGACAUCGCAGAUGAUGUUGUGGCUAACUUGCUAGCUGCUAGCUAACGUUAGCUGUCAGGCUCGCCUGCUUGCUGGUGCUACUUCCUGUCUGCACGCUCAAACAAACACGAACCUGCCCUGGCAGUGGACUCCUCUCUUCCCAGAUUGCUUGUGGAAUGGCAGCAGUUUGGCAGCAGGUUUUGGCAGUGGACGCAAGGUACAAUGCUUACCGCACGCCUACGUUCCCACAGUUCCGAACUCAGUACAUCCGCCGACGCAGCCAGCUGCUCAGAGAGAACGCCAAGUGUGGCUUUGAGCCGGGGCUGCGCAGGCAGUACCUGAGGCUGCGCAGUCAGCUGCUGGCCCUGCGCUACGGGCCCCUGUCUGAGCAGAGCAGCUUCAGGGCCAGCAGUGUGCGCAGCUCCCGCACCACACUGGACCGCAUGGAGGACUUCGAGGAGGACCCCCGCGCCCAAGGGGCUCGUGGUCACCGCCGGUCCGUCAGCAGAGGCUCCUACCAAAUACAGGCCCAGAUGAACAGAGCCGUGCACGAUGAGAGGCCUCCGGGCAGUUUGGUGCCAACGUCAGUGGCAGAGGCCAGUCGUGCCAUGGCAGGGGACACAACUCUGAGUGAAAAUUAUGCUUUUGCUGGCAUGCACCACAUAUUUGACCAACAUGUCGACUCUGCUGUUCCACGGUUGCAGUUUGCCAACGAUGACAAGCACCUCCUGGCCUGCUGCUCCCUGGACGGCAGCCUGUCCAUCAUGACGUUGUCCCCGUCUCCUCCCAGCGUGAAGGUGACCUUGAAAGGUCACGGAGGCCCCGUCACAGACUUCGCCUGGUCUCUGAGUAAUGACAUCAUUGUGUCGACAUCCCUCGAUGGGACUCUGCGUAUCUGGAACACGGAGGACGGUCGCUGCAUCCGAGAAGUCAGAGACCCAGAAUCCAGCGAGUUGCUCUGCUGCACCUUCCAGCCGAUGAACAACAACCUGACGGUGGUGGGAAACAGCAAGCACCACCUGCAGGUGGUGAACAUCUCCACUGGGAAGAAGGUGAAGGGGGGCUCCAGUAAGCUGACGGGCCGGGUGCUGUCGCUCUCCUUUGAUGCUCCAGGGAGGAUCCUGUGGGCGGGGGACGACAGGGGGAGCAUCUUCUCCUUCCUCUUCGACAUGGCCACAGGGAAGCUGACCAAAGCCAAGCGUCUGGUGGUGAGUGAAGGCAGCUCCAUCUGCAGCAUCUCUGCUCGGUCCUGGAUUAGCCGAGAGGCCAGAGACCCCUCCCUGCUGAUCAACGCCUGUGUCAAUAAGCUUCUGCUGUACAGGGUGGUGGACAACGAUGGAACACUCCAGCUGAAGAGAAGCUUUCCCAUCCAGCACGGCUCUCAGCACGUUCACAGCAUCUUCUGCCCCCUCAUGUCCUUCAGACAGGGGGCCUGUGUGGUGACCGGCAGCGAGGACGCCUGCGUCUACUUCUUCGACGUCGAACGCAACACCAAGGCGAUCGUGAACAAGCUGCAGGGUCACGGGGGGCCGGUGCUGGACGUCAGCUUCAACUGCGACGAGAGUUUGCUGGCGUCCGCCGACUCCACCGGCAUGGUCAUCAUCUGGAGGCGGGAGCAGAAGUGACGCCUCCUCCAGCAACAACAAAAACAAAAAACUUCCAUCCACUGCAUAGAAAAGGGCGGCGCCGUCCAACAACAAGUCUGUCGGUGUUCACUGGAAUGUAACGGGCUGCAUCAAACGUUUCAUGUAAUGAUAAACUCAAGUGCAAUCAGAUAAACACCGUGCUGCGUAGGUGGUAGGGAUGUCUUAGAAGUUCAAGGUGUGUGUGUGUCUGUGUGUGUGUUUGUGUAUGUGUGUGUGCAGCUGAGAAAGAACGUAAAGAGCACUACUCCCGUGCAUGUGUCAUGGCUUCCCUUUGACUUGUACAGAUAUGACUGACUUCAUGUGCAGAGGCUGCAGCGUGAUCUUCCAGAGAAACACUUUGUAUCUGACGUCCCUCUGGCUUUGAUCUAGUUCACUAUUUAUGUAACUGUUACUCAAGCCGUGUAAUCGAGUGUAGUAAAAACUGCCUGGUUUGCUUUCAGUUCUGCAAUUGCCUGUUUGCAUUUGAGACCAUGUGCAUGAAUCUGAGAGUCUGUGAUCAUCUCCGAUGGAUCGUCACAAAAGACAAAACCAGUGUGUUUUUAAGUAUGUGUUUGUACUUAAUCUGUGUGUGUGUGUGUGUGUUCAUGCUGGUUGCAGAUUUAUAUAAUUUAUUUAAUGCACAUACAGAAUAAACUACUGUAACUGUC